AUGGACACACAGAGCGCAAGCGUUGCCGACGGCAGGGUGGACGAACUAUGGGCAACUCUCGACACGCGCAAACAGGGCCAUCUUGACCUCGCAGGCCUCAAAAAGGGGCUGCGGAAGCUGGAUCAUCCCUUGAAAAAUGCGGACCAGCUCCUGGACGAGGUGAUGCAGGCUGUAGAUACCGAUGGGAAUGGAAGGAUCACAUACCAAGAAUUCCGCAAAUUCGUACACGAAACCGAAAAGGAGCUUCAGCACCUGUUCCAGACCAUCGACUACAACCACGACGGCAAGAUCUCCAAGGACGAGCUGCGCUCAGCUUUGCGAACGGCCGGCCUCACAGUGCCCAACAGUAAUCUCGACAAGUUCUUUUCCGAAGUGGACACCAACAAUGAUGGGCACAUCAGUUUUGAAGAAUGGCGGGACUUUCUUCUAUUCAUUCCGGUCAGCGCACCAUCCCUCGGCGCCGUAAUGUCGUACUUUUCCGCCACCAUGAAAGUAAACCAGGAAGGCGACGUUGCCAUUAGUGACGACACAAUCCAAGGCCUAGCGCACACACCGCCCUACAAUCCCCUUCCGCCAGAGCCCAGCGCGCCGCUCGACAUGGCUUCUUCUACUUCGACACUUGCCUACCAAGGUACCCUCCCGCCACGGUCUGCACACGAGACGAGCAGCGCUCCUCUCGAAGAGAUACGGGCAGGACUUAUAGAGAGCUUAGGAACCAUGCUGAUUGCUUGUGUUCCCAAUCCAGGCUAUUUCGUGGCGGGAGGCGUUGCAGGCAUUGUUUCUCGCACCUCCACUGCUCCGCUCGAUCGUUUGAAAGUCUACCUCAUCGCCCAGACCAAUGUUGCGGAAGAAGCUGUCGUCGCCGCUAAGCAUGGCAACAUUGUCAAAGCUGCCAUGAAUGCUUGGAGGCCACUUGCGACCGCCACCAAGGAGCUCUGGCAGGCUGGCGGUAUGCGCAGUUUGUACGCUGGAAACGGCUUGAACGUCGUCAAAGUGAUGCCGGAAUCGGCCAUCAAAUUCGGGUCUUACGAGGCAAGACACAACGACCCCGCCAUAAUACAUUCGUGGUCGAAGUUCGUCGCUGGUGGUCUAGCAGGCAUGGUCUCCCAAUUCGCCGUCUACCCCAUCGAUACCUUGAAGUUUCGCAUGCAAUGCGAGACCGUCUCUGGUGGCUUACACGGCAACCGACUGAUCUGGGCCACAGCAAAGAAAAUGUGGAAUGCCGGUGGCAUACCCGCAUACUACCGCGGUCUACCCAUGGGCAUCGUCGGCAUCUUCCCCUACGCAGCCCUCGAUCUAGGUACAUUCGAGUACCUCAAACGCUACGUCGCCCGCCGCAACGCGAAGCGACUCGGAUGCCACGAACAAGACGCCGAGCCAGGUGGCUUCAUGACAGCAGCUAUUGGUGGUUUCUCCGGCGCGUUCGGUGCGAGUGCUGUUUACCCGCUCAAUCUCCUGCGAACACGACUGCAGAGUCAAGGUACUGUUCUGCAUCCGCGGACGUACACGGGCAUUAUGGAUGUCACGAGACAGACCAUUGCGGGUGAGGGUGUAAGAGGGUUGUUCAAGGGUCUCACGCCGAACCUGCUCAAGGUCGUUCCUGCCGUCUCAAUCACAUACGUCGUUUACGACAAGUCGAAAAAAGCAAUCGGCCUGCCGUGA